AUGUAUAUUUCCAUCUUCCCAAUCCCAAUCAGUAUCCGUACCUCAAAUACAUAUGAGAAAAAGUCCCUUGGAAUGUGGGACUCUGAAGGGUCUUUAAAUGAGCGGAACGGGAGGUCGUAUUUGAUGCGGCAUAUGAAAAGCCAGCUCAGUUUUGAUCUGUGGUAUGUCGUUUUGGGGACAUUUUGUAUAUAUAUCGUUGAAGCCAACCGAAUCGCCGAUGUGGAAGAACCGGCGUUUUCCAUCUUUUCAGUCCUCUUUGAAGUUACAUUCUCAUCAGCUUCUAGUGGUAAUGUCGGUCUCAGUCUCGGUCAUCCAACAGUUAGCACCUCUCUUUGUGGCAAAUUUGGAACCUUUGGUAAGGUUGUCAUCUGCUUAAUGAUGAUUAGAGGGCGUCACCAUGGACUUCCGUAUAACCUCGACCGCAAUGUUAUGUUACCAGAUGAAUACCGUUUAUAG